AUAUUGAAUCAUCUACUCCAAAGCUGUCAGAUUGUAUAAUUGAUGCCAAAUACUACAAGUUAACUGUAACACAAGUUUCAAGCAAAAAUAGAAAUUUGUACGUUUUUUUGAACCAGGAGAUCCCAAACAUCUUCACAGUCACAUUCUUACAGCUGUUUCUCCUGAUCAAUCCUGCCUUUCAGCACUGAUCUAUAUUUGCCCACAUUGGUCAUGCAUGAGGAAGGGCUUCCAAAACUUUGGAAGAAGGAAGAAGGUUUGGCACCUCAGGGCCUCUUGGAGUAAGCACCAACCUGGGUGGGCAUACACGAUUCUGGACUCCCUGAAAACUCGCUCUUCGGUUGUAAACACUGUCUUCGCAGGACCCUGGCAGUGCCAAACGGCUCUGUGUCACAUGAGAGGCCUGACUCCAGUCACGGAGAGCCUGCAUGCUAUUCUUAGAAGGAGGAAUGUACACAGUGGCCUCAUGGCAAUCUCCACUGUGCCUAACUGUAAAACCUUGUCAUUUCUCUGUGCCAUGCAGCUUCUCAACUCAAACUUCUCACUGGAUUAUGCUUUGACGUUUUAACGUAACGGUUUUCAUUUUUGCUCUAACCAGUUUGGAAAAUCAUCGUGGAUGUCACAGACUUUUGUAGACUAGAGGAUGGCUGUCACACCACAGAAGGUUUUCUCCUUCAAAGACUCUGAACAUCCCUGCUACCUUCUGGGCCAGCUCAACACCCUCCGGCAGGAGCGCAUCCUGACGGACGUCCUGCUCUGCAGCGAGCACCAGGAGAUCCCCUGUCACCGGAGCGUUCUGGUGUCCAGCAGCCCGUACUUUCGCGCUAUGUUCUGCAGCAACUUCGUGGAGAGCAGCCAGGCUCGCGUUAAUCUUAAGGGAAUCUCCUCGAAUGUGCUGUCUGGAAUUGUGCACUACGUUUACACGGGCUGCAUCAGCAUCACCAUGGAGAUAGUGCUCCCACUCAUGCAGGCAGCAUCCAUGCUUCACUAUGGGAAUCUCUUCGAGGCUUGCUCCAUGUUCCUUCAGGAGCAGCUGAGCCCGGAGAACUGUCUCAGCAUGAUCCGGCUGUCUGAGAUCCUUCACUGCGAAAGUCUGAAGGAGCGUGCGAAGGAGAUGGCGGUGAGGUGUUUCUCUGAUGUGGCCACCACUGAGGAUUUUUGUGAGCUGUCUCUUCCAGAGCUCAUGUGUUACCUGGAAGAUGACCGCCUCUGUGCAGAAGAGGAACAAGUGUUCGAGACGCUGCUGGCGUGGAUCCACCAUGACCCUUUCUCCCGGAGCGGUGCCAUCCACGACCUCUUCAAGAAAGUCCGUCUGCGCUACAUCCAUCCCACCUACCUGUUCCAGUUCAUUGCCAAUGACCCUUUGGUGCAGUCAUCCACCCUCUGCACUGAGAUAAUUGAUUCAGUUCGCCGCUUGAUGCUCACAGCCAGCGCCAAGUGCAGCCGUGAGCUGAAGCCCCUUUGGACCACACCGAGACGUUACACCUGCAGAGAAACCCUGGUGGUUGUUGGGGGUCGCAAAAACAACGAGCAGACUUCCCGGGAAGCUUUACUGUACGAUGAAAGGACUCACCGGUGGGAGUGGUUGGCCAAGCUCCCCCUGCGCCUCUACAAAGCCGCAUACGUUUGCAUCCACAGCAUCCUCUAUGUUCUCGGAGGCCUCAGCCUCUGCUUGGGCUCAGGCGACAGCUCAGUCAGUGCCACAGUCUACACACUGUCCCUAAAAACCAACCAGUGGAGGACUGCGGAGCCCAUGCUGGAGCCAAGAUACGCUCACCAAAGCGUGUCGUAUCUGCACUUCAUUUUUGUGUUGGGGGGCAUCGGGGUGGACAAGCGCAUCUCUCCAUCAGUGGAGAGGUAUAACAGUAUGUUUAAUCACUGGGAGACCAUGGCGCCGAUGCCUACAGCAGCGCUUCAUCCAGCUGUUGCAGCCAGUGAUCAGAGGAUCUAUGUUUUUGGGGGGGAGGAUGCCAUGCAGAACCCAGUCAGGCUCAUUCAGGUGUAUCACAUCUCUCGCAACUUGUGGUCCAAGCUGGAGACGAGAACAGUGAAAAAUGUGUGUGCUCCUGCUGCUGUCAUAGAGGAGAAGAUCUACAUAGUAGGAGGUUACACUAAGCGAAUGAUCGCCUACGACACCAAAGCCAACAAGUUUGUCAAGUGUGAGAAUCUGAGAGAGCGCAGAAUGCACCACAGCGCCACUGUGAUCCACAACAAGCUCUACGUCACUGGCGGACGCAUCCUCAAUGGCCACGACACCAUUGAGGACUCGGACUGUUUCGAGUGUUACGACCCCAAAACGGACAGCUGGACCUCCAAAGGUUCUCUGCCGUACAAGCUGUUUGACCACGGCUCCCUGCCGCUCGUUUGUGUCUCUAACAAGCCUAACCCACCAUGAGCCAUCAUCCUUUGUACUGCAGGAGCCGAGGGCUUCACUGUGACUUUAGCCCACUCUUUUGCCAUGACUUACUGGCUGGCUUGGUUCAGUUCCGACUGACAGCAUUCCUUCACUCGGCUCAGUUUCUGCCACAGCCAAGAGGCAUGUGAGCCAUGAAAGUAAAGCCUGAGCAGAUAAAGCUUUGGGAGGCACCAGCACUAGAAGUCAAAAGGGAGAUCAUGAAAUGCAGACGUGCAGACUGCAGAACAGGAAGCUAAAAGCGUUAACAUCUUCAUUUCCCAGACAUUUCUGGACUGUAUUAGUUUUUUCUGGCAGCUGAAGUUUACUUUUUUUUGCACCAGUUAGACAGAAAAUUGUUUAUUCUAUGAGUGAAUGACACAUUCCUCCUUGACCUUUGAGUUUAUUGUAUUGUAUUUAUUGAGGAAAGCUGUUAAAGAAGAAACUUCCAUGCUUUGGGCAGCACCAUUCCACUUUUAGGGAAUAUUUUUUUCCUGCUAAACUCAUGUUUUUUGCUUGCUAUAGGUAACAAUAAAGUUUGAGUCAAAGAUUUGCAAACAAAAACAUUAAAUCAACUGUGAUUAUUUCUUUUUUUCUGUAUAUGUUCAAGUUUUUAUACCAACAAAAUAAUGUUCUCAGCCUCUGCAUGUUGAUGAGAGGACAUGUUGCCUGGGGACGACGCAGCCAGUGAUUUGCCGAAACCCUGACGGGGAGAUUUUCAGCCUUUGCAUCCUCGUCCCGGAACUCCCUUUGUCCUCAUGGAGGACGCACUCACAGCUGCACUCCGCCCCUGGCCUCAGUGCUGCCAUGGCAACCCUAUUUUAUAACCCUUCCUGAGGACUGAGUAAACGUCCUUAUAGAGAGUCUGUCCUUACAAGAUCGAGCUCUCAAAGGAAGUGUAUUUGCAUGUUGGAGAACUUGAUCCAAUAUUUUAUCAAAUAAAGGACUUCUACAAAAAAAAAAAA